AUGUCGACCAACCGCUAUCCGGCCUUGCCGAGCCGCAUGUCGCUGAUCUCCUUCAAGACGCGGCUGCGCGGGGCGCAGAAGGGACACUCGCUUCUGAAGAAGAAGGCUGAUGCCCUCGCCAUUCGCUACCGCACGAUCAUGGGUGAGCUGCGUAACGCAAAGCUGGAGAUGGUGGAGCAAAUCAAGGGAUCGUACUUUACCGUCUCGAAGGCACAGUUUAUAGCCGGUGACAUUGGACUUGCUGUGCAGGAGUCUCUAAAGCUGCCGACGUACACGAUGCGGCUCCGGGUGGACAACAUCGCCGGUGUGCGGGUGCCGAGCUUUAGCGAGAGUGAGGGCAAUGGGGGCGAAUUCGGCGCGGGGGAUGACACGCGGCUACGGAUGGGGGCGGCAGGUAUCGGGCGCGGUGGGGAGCAGCUCAAGGAGGCGUCCGAGCGGUUUCACGACACCCUGCGACUUCUUGUAAAUAUUGCGUCGCUGCAGGUUAGCUGGGUGACGCUCGACAUUGCGCAGAAGGUGACGAACCGCCGCGUCAACGCGCUGGAGAAGGUGGUGAUCCCUCGCGUGCAGAACACGCUGAGCUACAUCAUCUCGGAGCUAGACGAGCAGGAGCGGGAUGAGUUCUUUCGGCUCAAGAUGGUGCAAAAGAAGAAGCGGCAGUUGCAGUCAAGGAAGUUGCGGGAGGCGCUCGCACAGGCGGAGCUGAAAGGCCCCGCUGCCGUCCCAAACGCACUCACCAUGAUGAAAGGCAGCGACGACGCCGGGGAGGAUGAGGCAGACAUGGUCGUGUAG